CCUUUUUUGUUUCGUCGGUGCUAUUUAUACAUGGUUUAUAAUUAAUUUUAUUUUGGUUGUUGCUCUGCGGUAGCACUUCCGAAUAUGUGUUAAGCGGUUUUGUCACGAUGUUGAAACAAGUUUGGGUAUCAAACGAUUUAAAACAAUCACUGGAAACAGCAAAAUGGAUGGGAACAGGAGUCCAGGGAUUCCUCAUUGGGCGUAUGUUAAAUGAGCAGCUUUGUAUACAGAAUGUAUGGAAGAGUAAUGCAAGCAACCCAAAUAAGUUUCUGGAAGACUUUCAGCAGUGCUGUCUUCAUCUUACAGGAGGCACUAUUGUUCUGGGAAUCGUUUUUGUCGCCAAAAAUUCAUUGACAGAUGAUAUGCUAACAGCACUACAGUCUCUUCCAGGGGAUAUACAGAAUGCAGCAGCGAAAAACCCAUUUGUCCUUUGUAUACUGCAGCCAGUAGCAGGUAAACAAGUAGCCUCUUUUCAUCUGCUAGGUAAUGAAGGAAAGGUCACUGAACUAACUGAACAACCUGAAGAAGAUUUGGAUAAACGAAUUGUGACCUUCCGCAUCAAGGCUCAGAUUACCCUCCACCUUUAUGUGGAUAGUGGAAAGUCUCCCAACACAGAGACAUGGGCGAACAAAGUCAGAAAAGCAGUCUCAAGUGUUGAUGAAGCGCUGACUUCUGGACAUUUCAGCUAUGGUAUUCACGAGUCUUCAGUCUUUCUGAAAGAAAGCAACAUAGUUGGUCCCAAGUCUUUGUAUACCUGCCAAGACCUGUGUGCUUUCAUCAAUGAAAAUGAUAAUGUGACACACAAUCGCAAAAAGAAAGUAACUCCAGAUCAGCAGUCACCUGUAGUAGUUGACAUGUACCGAUUAAUUAAUGGAGAAGACAACAGUUUUGCACAUCCAUCCUGUGCACCUGCAGUUCACCAUAAAAAAGGAAGCUUUCUUGUCACCGACAUCACACUUCCUCUGGAUGUCCUUGUGGAAGUACAUGAAACAGAGACAUUGAGCAACUUGUUUCAGGUCUUGACCAAUGCUGUAAAGACACAGCUCCAAGCUAUGAAAGAAUCACUCCUCCAACAUUCAAAGGAAAAUCUGUUUCAUAUACCAGAGCCUUUCCACUUUACUAUACCAAGCCGCCAUACUUGUGUGACCGUCAUUUAUCCAAGGGGAUUCUCAGAAAGUGAUUUAGAAUCCAAAGACACACCCUUCAUCAGCAGAUGUGCCUUGCAGUGGAUCAGCCCAUUUUCCGUCGUGCGAAUGCUAGGAUAUUUCCUGGCCAAACAGCAGUUGGGGGAUAUAUCAUUAACCCUCAUGUGGGUCUCUCUCCUCAGGAGUAAAGAAUGGAACGCCUCAUUUGGUAAAAGGCAACUACACUUACCACCACUACAUGCAGGAUCGAUUUGAUGAUGACAAGUGGGGAUGUGCCUAUCGAUCACUUCAGACACUCAUUUCUUGGUUUCGUUAUCAAGGCUACACAGAUAAACCUAUCCCUUCCCACAGAGAAAUUCAACAGGCUCUGGUUGACCUUGGAGAUAAAGAACAGAACUUUGUUGGAAGCAAGAAGUGGAUUGGGUCUUUUGAAGUUUCCUUCUGUCUGGAAUACUUUCUUGGU